AACUCUACUUCCAUCGACAUUGACACUUUUACAGUUUCCCGUUUUCCUCUUUUGUCACCACGUUCUCUCAUUCCAAACUCAACCGCCUACCAACCUCCUUAUACUUUCGCUCUCUUUCUCUCUCCUCCGACCUCCACAAACCACUCAACAAUGGCGGAAGAGCCGGACAAAACUGUCUACCUUCAUGGAAACCUUGACCUCAAAAUCCAUGAAGCUCGCCAUUUACCCAAUAUGGACCUCACCUCCGAACGCCUCCGUCUCUGCUUCACCGCCUGCAACACCUGCUCUGCCACCCACAAAUCCGACGACGAACUCCCUUCCAAAGAUAAAUCCAAACACCACCACGGCCGCCGUCCUAAAAUCAUUACCAGCGACCCAUACGUCGCUGUUGUAGUUCCACAAGCCACAAUCGCCCGUACUCGCGUCCUCAAGAACUCCCCAGACCCUCACUGGGGAGAACACUUCCUCAUCCCUUUAGCUCACCCAGUAAUCAACAUCGAUUUCCAAGUCAAAGACGACGACGUUUUUGGCGCGCAAAUCAUUGGCGUUUUCUCUCUCCCCGCAUCCACCGUCAUCUCCGGCGAACUCAUCACCGGUUGGUUCCCCAUUCUAUCUCCUUCCACCGGAAAACCCCCCAAACCUGAUACCGCCAUCCGGAUCGAGGUCCAAUUCACCCCUUGUGAGCGAAUCCCAGAUCUCAGUGUCACGAAAAAUGGAGUGAAAUCGACAUACUAUCCGCUUCGAAAGGGUAGCUCGGUUAAACUAUAUCAGGAUUCUCAUGGGAAACCUGAUUACUUGCCGGAGAUAAAACUAGACGGCGGCGAAGUUUACCAACAGGGAACUUGUUGGGAGGAUAUAUGCUAUGCAAUAUCUGAAGCACAUCAUAUGAUAUAUAUAGUUGGUUGGUCAAUUUUUCACAAGGUAAAGUUAGUAAGAGAACCUACUAAGCCAUUGCCGAGAGGAGGUGAUCUUACACUUGGGGACUUGUUGAAGUAUAAAUCUGAAGAAGGUGUUAGGGUUUUGUUGCUUGUUUGGGAUGAUAAAACUUCUCAUAACAAGUACUUCAUCAAAACGGAAGGGGUUAUGGGAACACACGAUGAGGAAACACGGAAGUUUUUCAAACAUUCUUCAGUUAUGUGCGUUUUAUCACCUCGUUAUGGCAGCAGUAAACUUAGCUACUUCAAGCAACAGGUUAUUGGAACCAUGUUCACACAUCAUCAGAAAUGUGUUCUUGUAGAUACACAGGCAUAUGGUAACAACAGAAAGAUUACUGCCUUCUUAGGAGGAUUAGAUCUGUGUGAUGGACGCUAUGACACACCCGAGCAUAGACUAUUCCAUGAUCUUGACACAGUAUUCAAGGAUGAUUUUCAUAACCCCACAUUUCCUGCCGGGACAAAAGCUCCAAGACAGCCAUGGCAUGACUUGCAUUGCAGAGUUGACGGUCCUGCUGCGUAUGAUGUCCUCAUAAAUUUUGAGCAGAGAUGGAAAAAGGCAACAAAAUUUAGGGAGUUUGGACUACGGAAAAAAAUAGCUCGUUGGCAUGAUGAUGCUUUAAUAAAGAUAGAUCGUAUCUCUUGGAUACUUAGUCCUCAGCGUGUAGCUGAAGAUGAUGCUGUCACUGUAGUUCCAGAAGAUGAUCCUGCUCUGUGGGUUUCAAAGGAAGGGCAUCGAGAAAAUUGGCAUGUUCAGAUAUUCCGUUCUAUUGACUCGGGAUCACUGAGGGGAUUCCCAAAAAAUGUCGCUCUUGCCAAAGCUCAGAAUCUUGAGUGUGCAAAGAAUUUGGUGAUAGAUAAAAGCAUACAAACAGCAUAUAUCCAGGCAAUCAGAUCUGCACAGCGUUUUAUAUACAUUGAAAAUCAAUAUUUUAUUGGAUCGUCGUAUGCAUGGCCUUCAUAUAAAAACGCAGGAGCCGAUAAUCUGAUCCCCAUGGAGUUGGCUUUAAAAAUUGUCAGUAAAAUUAGAGCCAAGGAAAGAUUUGCUGUGUAUAUCGUCAUACCAAUGUGGCCAGAAGGUGAUCCAAAGUCUGCUGCCGUGCAAGAAAUUCUUUAUUGGCAGGGGCAGACGAUGCAAAUGAUGUAUGAAGUUGUUGCUCGUGAACUGAAAACAAUGCAGCCUACAGAUUUAAAUCUUCAGGAUUAUCUUAAUUUCUAUUGUCUUGGUAAUCGGGAAGAAGUUCCUGAAGAGUCUCUGAAGGAAGCGAAUGAAUCUAGUGCCAAGGUUUCAGAUUCAUACAAGUACGGAAGAUUUAUGAUUUAUGUGCACGCAAAGGGAAUGAUUGUUGACGAUGAAUAUGUUAUAAUGGGAUCUGCUAACAUCAACCAAAGAUCCUUAGCUGGUACUAAAGAUACAGAGAUUGCUAUGGGUGCUUAUCAACCCCAUCACACUUGGGCUAACAAGAACAGAAAUCCCAGAGGCCAGAUCUACGGUUAUAGAACCUCAUUGUGGGCCGAACAUGUUGGGAUGCUAGAUGAAUGCUUCAAUGAACCGGAAAGUAUAGAAUGUGUGAGAAAGGUGAAUGAUAUUGCGGAAGAUAACUGGAAGAGGUUUACUGCUGAAAGUUUCACAUUAUUGCAGGGCCACCUUCUUAAGUAUCCGUUGCAGGUGGAUGCAGAUGGUAAAGUAGAAUCCUUGCCUGAUCAAGAUUCUUUCCCUGAUCUCGGAGGUAAAAUUAUUGGUGUUCCUUCCAACACACUCCCUGACGUCCUUACUACAUAAACUCUGAGGUUUUGACAUCCCUGUAAAACACCAGGGAGAUACAUAGGACAAACAACAGCAAUAUAAGUACACUAUACCUCUUGCACAGUUUAUUCUUUUGUUGUAUUUUUCAUUUCCUCUAUUUUCUUUCUUCUUUCCUUGGCAAGGUUGGUUUGUAGAUUGACAACUUGUAAAUGCAGCAUAUCAUCCCCGGUCAAAUGGUAGAUAUGCAUGCGUAUAUACUCGGUGGAAUGUAAUUGUUGAGCAUAUCAUCCCCUUUUACAUAUAUGUAA